AUGAAGUUCACGUGGGUGAAUGUUGGAUGGCCAGGCUCUGUGCAUGAUGCGAGGAUUUACCGCAACGAGCUGGAGCCGCUGCUGAUGGGAGCUGGAGCCAACCACCUCCUGGGCCUGGACGGACAUCUGCUGGGGGAUGCAGCCUUCCCUCUCUCCCCGCGCAUGCUUGUGCCGUUCAGGGACAACGGGCAUCUUAAUGACAGAAAGGUGCAUUACAACAACAAACUGUCCUCCACCAGGAUGACGAUCGAGAGGACGUUUGGGCGCUUCAAGGGAAAGUUUAGGCGUAUGAAAAUGCUGGACAUGCUGCGAGUCGACCUGAUUCCCAAUGUUAUUCUGGCUGCAUGUGUGCUUCACAAUGUGUCGAUGGGGGAAGAAGAGCAGGAGGAAGCCUACAACCCGGUAGAGUGUCCUGAGGAAGAGCCACAGGAGGAGGAGGAGGAGGUGCUGGUAGAUCGUGAUGGAGAUCGUGUAGAAGCGCCAGUCGAGCCACGGGACGCACAAGAUGGGAACGGAGCCCUGAAGCGGGAUGCGAUGGUGGAACGCUUGUGGGCGUACAGACGUGGCAGAAGGGAGUAG